CUCUGAAGCGCCGCCUGUGGUUUUUGUUCCCAGUGCCGAGGGGACAGGAGUGUCUGCGGUGCGAGCUGCUGAUGAGCAGGUCGCCCUGAAGCUACACCACGGUCGGGGAUCGCCGAAGAGAGCUCUGAGAUGACAUCUUGCUGACCAGCUUAGCAUCUCGUCUGCCCUGGCCUGUCCUCCACAUGGCUACAGCCAAGAAGAGCUCCAGGGCCAAGGCGGGGGGUGUGCGAUUCUCCGAGGAGCCGGCCGCCACAUCCCACGUUCAUUUCGACGACAAGCUGCAUGACUCGGUCGUCAUGGUGAUCCCGGAGCCAGAUGGGAACUUCCUCGUGAAGGUGGGGUUCCUGAAGAUCCAGCACAAGUAUGAGAUCGUGUUCACGCUGCCGGAGAGCCCCCGCCUGGGCGAGAACGUGAGCCCCGCGCCCGUGCCCAACCCCCACCUCCGAGUCACCGACGUCAAGCCUGCGGCCGAAGGGGGGCUGCAGGUGACCUGCGAGUACACGGCCCACCAGGAGGGGGUGCUGCGCGAGGAGAUGGUGCUGCUCAACGAGGGCGGUGACCCGCCCUGCCUCCGGGUCCGAGUCCAGGCCCGCGUCAUGGACCGGCAUCACGGGACGCCCAUGCUGCUGGAGGGAGUGCGCUGUGUCGGUGCCGAGCUGGAGUACGACUCGGAGCAGAGCGACUGGCAGGGCUUCGACUAGCCAGCGCCGGCCCACCGUCUGCAAGGGGGCGUCCUGUUCCAGAAUGUGAAUCACAGCGGGGGGUGGGGGAGGGCGGGUCUGUUUUAAGGCACAGGUGCACAGCUCCAGUCCCUGAGGGCCAGAAUCCCACAGGUUAUCCAGGGCUUCUUUAAAGCAGGAACAGUUGGGAGAACUUUGACGGGAGUGAAAUUGUUUCCACCUAAGCUAAUGAUCAGCCCAGUUAGUUCAGUAAUGAGCUCUGUGGGCCUCUAGGACUGGAGUUCUGCACCACUGUUUCAAGGGUUACUAUUUUUUUGUGUCUUGUCAAGAAACUUUUACAAAGCUGGGAAAAACAAAACUUUUUUUUAGAAUUUCUUGUCAAGCGUCUGCUUUUCACAUCGGUGUUUGCAUCCAUGGACAAGGUCUGUGAUUUUUGAAGGCAAACUGCUUUUCUUGACAGUCUCUACUGGUGGAUCCAUGUUUAUAUGUUACUCGUACUUGAUCUUUCUGGCCGGUACUUCACAGGCACUGCCAGCAGGGGGAGGUACAGAGAGCUGUUGUUCUGCUCUUCAGCAAUUCAGAGAGCGCCCACCUGCUUAUGUAAGAUUGUAUUGCACAGGUGCACGAUUCCAGUCUUUGAGGGAAAGAAUCCAGCAGCAUUUCUAGGUCUCUUUAAAUCAUCAACAGCCGAGAACCUUUGAAAAGAGUUCAACUCGGCCAGUUGUGCUAAGAGUGGGCUCAGGUCUUUACCAACAGUGGUGUGACGGCGUCCCCCAGCCCUGGAUUUGCGCACUGAGGGAGGGCUGGAAGCGCUGCAGCCCCUCCGAGCUCCGCUGCAUCGCAGUGUCCGUGCAGGCUGUGUCCACGCCGUGCACCCCCACUCUCUGGCCAGGCCAGCCUUCGUCUUCAAGGCCAGCUUUAGGCGCCAGGUGUUUUGCAGGUGGGAGGGGACGGUAGGAGACUGGAGGUGAGACACUGGCGCUCCAAUCCCCGGGGCCGAAAGGGGAGGAGUGAUGGCUGUGUGGACCGGCGGGGGACCUCCCCUCCUCCCUGCGCGGCCCGGGGGCACCUGCGGGCGCUGCUUACCGCUCGGCCCGGAGGAGCACACUCCGCUCGCAAGCGGACACGCGGACACGCCGUGGACACCGCCACCUCUGCCACCGCGGCCAUCUGCACAGCUUGGAAUGUGUCUGAGCCUCAUUAAAGCUCUCCUGCUUGCUGCACA